AUGACUAUCCCCAAGGUAAGGAUUCGGGUUAAGAAACCAAAGACAAAAACCGGGUGUAAGACUUGUCGGAUUCGUCGUGUUAAGUGUGAUGAAGCCAAACCUGCGUGUCGUCGUUGCACCUCGACGGGGAGAAAGUGCGACGGAUACGAUACCCCGUCCCUCACUCAUAAAGCUUCUUCUCAGAUACUCGCACAGACAGCGACGAGAUGUGAUCGUAAACAGACAGUUUCAAUAACAUAUACUCCAACAAUCGCGCUUGAUCUGGCAUCUGGUGAAGCACAAGGAUUUGUGUUUUUCCGCGAAAACACCGUCUUCGAAAUCCAAGGAGCUUUCCGAUCGAAUCUCUGGGAGCAACUUGUUCUACAAGUCUGUCAUCAGGAACCAGCCGUCCUUCACGCUGCAAUUGCAGUGGGAAUUGUUCAUCGCGAUCAGAGCGAUACCCAAGUGGCACGUCAAAACGCUUUCUACCAUGGCUUGGACAAGAGACAGGCCAACGGGCUCAGGCAAUACGUCAAAGCUAUCGAGUUUCUGCGUCAAAGGAUUGAUGAUGUUCGUGAGCCGGGAGAUGAGAGAGCAAACGAUGUUGCGAUGAUGUGCUGCCUGCUGUUUGUCUGUCUCGAAUUGCUCUGGGGCAAGUCGAUGACUGCAUUGAACCAUCUGGAUACGGGGCUCAAGAUUCUGACAUCUCGAGUAUCGCAAACCUUGGGACACAAGAACACCUUGAAAUUGAAGCCUACGUCGGAAAAUCUAGUCGACCAGUUAUCAGCUUCAUUCACAAGACUAGACUUUGAGUCUACGAUGUUUGGACAACGAGCCCCGCACUUGCAUGUCACAUCCUCCGGGGUCAUCGAUCAAAAAUUGCAUGUACCAUCCAAAUUUGAGAGUAUUCUUGAAGCCCGGAGAUAUAUGGAUAUGCUGUCCAACGGCAUGCUUCGCUUUCGUGGGAAGCUUCUCGAGAUUGGUUCUCAAUGUACCCCGGCAAUCCCGCUUGAACUAUUGUUUCGAUAUCUAUGGGACCAUGCUUCCACGAGAUCGAUAAACUUCGAAGAUCAUCCUUUACUAUUAUGCGAGCUUGGAGAACUAGGAGAGAGUCUAUCGGUCUGGUCUUCAGCUUUUGACGAGCUGAAGAAUAGGCCCAGGGUCCAGCUUGAUCACAUGCGUUCAUUGAUUUUACUCGAACUGCAGCAUUUCUAUGCAUAUCUACUACUUUCGACAUGUCAGACGACAAAAGAAGUACUAUGCGACAAUUUCAAUGAAUUGUUUCAAAGAGUGGUGCAGCUUUCGAAGCAGUAUCUUGACCUACAGUCCACCAAAAGCAGAGCCACUCCCGUUUUCGCGCUCGACUCGGGCAUCAUACCAGCUCUCUAUCUUACAGCAUACAAAUGUCGAUGCCCGCGCAUACGACGCGAGGCUAUCUCUUUGAUGAUAAAGGCACCAUGUCAGGAAGGCAUGUGGGAUGGUAAGAUGAUUGCCAAGUUUAUGACUAAAGUUGUAGAGUUAGAGGAGCGCAGAGCGGGCAAAUUUGUCCUCGAAAGUAGCGAUGUUGGAGAGGUGGCACGAUGCUCUGAUAUUCUCGUACUAUUUCAUUCUGAGAGGAUCGGAUGGGGAAGGUUGAUUUGUGCGAGGUACCGCCAUGAGUCCGAUGGGGAGCUGGUAAUUUGGGAGGAGCAAUUCAAGUUGCUGGACGAGUGA